AUGUUAUUCGAGUACUUGGCUGGUGGUGAGCUGUUCUCGUAUUUGCGUGCAUCGAAAGUGUUCACGAACUCGAUGGCACGCUUCUAUGCCGCAGAAAUCGUCUGUGCUCUACAGUAUUUGCACUCAAAACACAUUGUAAGUGUUUGCGUUGAUCUUUCGAGUUUUGAUUUGACCAGACUUUUUCGAUUCGAUUCGAUUCUGUUCGUCAUUUGUUUCAAUUUUUUGUUUUUUGUUUGA